AUGUCGUCGGGUAGUAUAAAAAAUAAGAAGAGUGUUGAAUACGGUAUUACUACUCCACACGAUAAUAGCUGUAUAUUAGAAGAUAUAAAUAAAAUUCAAGAAUAUUUAGAAUGCUCAAAGAUCAAUUUCGAAAAUCGAUUAAAAGAACAACCAAUGAAGGAGUCUGAGAUUGGUGAUUUUAUAUUUCACAAGACUAUUGGCUUGGGUGCUUUUGGACGUGUUAUGUUAGUCAAUCACAAAUCGAAACCAGAACAAUUUUUAGCUAUGAAAGUAAGAAAUGGGAAGGCCAUAUUAUAA